AUGUGGGACAAGCUAGCGGGCAAGUCGUGUGCGCUGCUCAAGCUGGAUGUGGAGGGCGCGGAGUACCGUCUCAUCCCGCAUCUGCUCGUCACCGGCGCGCUCUGCCUCCCCACCCACCUGCUCCUCGAGUGGCAUCUCAACUCCGUGCCGGAGCGGGAGCGCCUUGCCGCACUCGCCCAGCGGCUCUCGCUACCCGCCGCACUCGACGCGUGCGCUACGCCGCCACGGGCGCUCGUCAACGACGACGAGGCGCAGAACAACCUCUACACCCGCGUGCCCGGCCUCGACCCACCCCGCUAA